GAAUUUGGUGGUCCUACAUAAUGUCACAGACAGCUCAUUUUUUUUUGGCUUCUGUAUUACCUACUUUGGAGACCUGCCCGGCUUCCAGUGGCGCACCUUCGCCCCGGAAGUGGCUGAAGCUACCCCCUGGCCACCCACCACUGACGGUCUCAAUCGAAAGCGCAACCCGCAAUCGGGCGCGCGAUCCGCGAAUUGGACCUGACGUGCGACCGCAAAUCCUCAAUCGCAUCGCAUCGCCAGCCUCGCCCCCAAAUACUCCUUCGUGAACCCCUCCACCAUCAUAGCAACACCACACUCUAAGAUACCCCGCGCAGCAAGCAAAGCUUGCCAAUUCCUCCAAAAUGACAACCAACGUCUCCCUCGAGACCUCACUAGGCACGAUCAUCCUAGAACUCUACACCACUCACGCCCCCAAAACCUGCACAAAUUUUGCGACCCUCGCAAAGAGAGGCUACUACAACAGCACCAUAAUCCACCGCAUCAUCCCAAACUUCAUGAUCCAAGCCGGCGACCCGACGGGCACAGGCCGUGGCGGCACCUCAAUCUACGGCGAGAAAUUCGCAGACGAGAUCCACGCCGGCUUGAAACACACCGGCGCCGGCGUUCUCUCCAUGGCCAAUGCUGGCCCGGACACGAACGGCUCCCAGUUCUUUAUCACCCUGGCACCGACGCCUUGGCUUGAUGGGAAACAUACCAUCUUUGGACGGGUCAAGAGUGGAUUGAGCGUUGUCAAGAGGAUGGGACUUGUCAAGACAGGGCCGGAGGAUCGGCCGCUUGAGGAGGUCAAGAUUAUCAAGGCUUCUGUCGUUGAGGAGGGCGGCGAUGAAGCCUGAGGGAUGGUGAGGUCCUACUUUUAGAGGGUCAUAUUGUCAGCAUCUACGUGGAGUUUGGCGUUUGGUCGAGCAGACCGUACACUGGGGACAAGGUAUAUCCAGUUCUUCCCGUCUACCCUUUCACGUAGCGGCCUUAAGUGAUAAACCAAAAAUAAAAUGGGAGAUCACAAACAUCCAAGUGAU